AUGACGACAGCAAUGGCCGACCCCGGCGAAAAGUCGCUCUCCAAGCUGCUCGCCACGCUGACCACAACGCUGCACCCAGACGUCUAUGUCUUUGCUACGAUUGCCAACAACAGCACAGCGCCGCUGCCGCCGCUCUCAGAAACACAGAUGCUCUUCAAAGAGACGGAGGGUACCACGGUAAUUGUGCGCCAGGCGUAUGCCGAGGCUAAUGGCAUGGAGUACUGUUUUCCGUGCGAGAUGCUCACGUGCGAGGUCACGUCGUCGCUGGACGCAGUGGGAUUCAUGGCCGUCAUUGCGACGCGGCUGGCAGAACGGGCAAAGAUGGGAGUGAACCCGGUUAGCGGCUUCUAUCACGAUCAUUUGUUUGUACCCGAAGGCAGAGGCAAGGAGACGCAGCUUCUGCUCAAGGAGCUAGCCGACGACCACAGCAAGGAGUAA